AUGUGGCUUCGCCACUGCUUCGACUCCUGCACCUUAGCCAACCCCACUGGGAACACCAUCACCGCCGGCCCCGCUAACAUCACUCUUUCUGACGCUGGACCCCACUAUUACAUCUGCAACGUCGGCCAGGACUGCCAGUUUGGCCAGAAGUUAGCCAUUUCCUUCUCCGGCUCUCCAGGUGGCGCCCCUACGCCGACUACUCCACGCUCCACUCAAACUCCUCCCACCACGCCUUCUCCCACAUCAGGGACCACCCCUACUGAUUGCACUCCAUCUCCCAAGGCCGGCGGACCCACGCAGCCUAACUCUUCAUCAUCUGGCGUCUUUGCUAGUUUCUUGGUCUCCUUGUUGCCUGUCGCUGCGGCUUUCAUUUUCUAA